AUGGCAGCUGCAGAUCCGCACCCGCUGCCUUACCUGCUCGCAUCUGCUGUUUCCUCCUUCGUUACCUUGCCAGUGUGGAAGGCAGCAACCAUUGGCCAGUCUGGGUAUGCGCUGACAGCAGAAUCCUCUCUUGGACGCUUCCUGGAGGCAGCACGGCCACCUUACAGGGGCAGCUUCGUGGUGGUCUCUGGAAGGACAUGGGCCCAAGCGAUGAUAUUCUUUGGUUCAGAUGAGGGUUCGAGAUGGCUCCGCCGAUGUGGCUGGAGCAGUCUAUGGGCAUCAUGCGUGCCUCCGUUACUGAUUUCCGCCAACGUCCAGGUGGCCAAUCAGCCCUUCGUGCGCUCUUCGAUCAUGCUGCAAGGAGAUCCGCAGGUGAGAUUCGCGCACAGCAGCCACUCGCCCAAUCUAGCAGUGCUUCGCUAUCUUUGGAGGACGAAAGGACUGAGGGCACUAUGGCUGGGAACAGGCGUGAGUAUUGCUCGGACAGCUCCGAAGUAUGUGGCAGCAGUUGGUGCUAAGGAUGCCAUGGAAGAGCUGCUGGCUCAAGAUGAUGACAUGACCAUGGCAAGUUGCGUGCUGAGGUCCAUUAAAAAGUCUGUUGCGGCUUCCAUCGCAGGAUCAAUCGUGACUAAUCCGCUCGAUGUGGCGCAGAACGAGAUGUACAAGACAGGGGACAGCUUCGUUUCGACGGUGAAGCGUCUCCAAUGUGCGGAGGGCUGUCGGUGGUUCUUUAGAGGCGUUGACAAAAAUGUGCUAGCGAGUGCUAUGCCAAUUGCUCUCACCAUCUUCCUCACCGAUGCCUUCACGCAAUGGUCUCGUGCUGUUGCUGAGCAGAAACGCAACCAGGGGUGCUGCCCGGCUGCCCGGCUGCAGAGUACGUUGUUUUUCAUUACAAAGAGCCGGUGCAGAACGUCGCAAGCCAUGUGCUGUUCGCAUUGGCUUGGAGGGAGUGGGAGAUGCGAAGUGCGGGCAACAGCAGGCUCACCAGCUCAAAAAGGAAGCGUCAGCUCAAGAGUAUCAAGCGGGGCCUCGCGUUCCUCUUUGGUGAAGCGCCCCUUUCGAUUUCUGCUGCCGUUUUUCGUUUGGAUCUCUUCACGAGAGGAUCCUCCAGGUCAUAGCGGACUGCUGAUUGCUGGAAUGGACCGAACAGGAGGGCUGAAGCUGCACCGGCUCCCAGCAGAGGAGCUGCGGGUGCACCGUUUCGAUCAUAUCGAGAGUCGUCUGCACAGCCGUGGAAGCCAGGUCCGCUCCGAGUCGAAUCAAGUUCGGGGUCAUGACUCCCGGGACAUAGUGCGUGCAAGCACAAGCCGGAGCGAGGAUCGUGUUGCUCGGGACGGAGCCAAAGACGAGGUGUCCUUAUCCGGACCGCUUUCUGAGACACAUAGCCUGGAGGAAUUCGUGCAGCAGGAUUUGGACGCUUUCUGGAGGUGGUGUGCAACCCCGAUUGAUGGUCUGCAUCGGUGCGGUUUGCUGGUAAAGCUCUUUGACUACAGUGGCCUGACCCUGGAGAAGGCAACUGACAAGGUUUGCAAGUUGAACAGCGAGCUGCACGCUUUGGGCGUUUGUGCAACAGACCAAGUGGAACCCUACCAGCGUGUUCCCUACGAGGCCUUUGUUCAAAGCCGUCGGCUACGAGAGGCGGUCCAGAGCUGUACAGGCAGCAAGCUUUCUCGCGAGAAGAGGAGCGGCAGGGCUGGCGGGCCCACACCGCUGGCUUUGUGGGUCCUCAAUGUGAUCUCGCUAGAGGGCAAGGGGUUCCUGAGUGGCCGUCCAGAUCGACUCAAUGAUUUGCCGUGA